UUCACCUUCGUUCUCUCUCUCUCGGUCACCAACACCAACAUCCACCACCCGACCAUCCACCUACCUUCGCCGUGCGCUACCAUCCACCAUCUCGCUCGGUUUAUGUCCAACCAACUGGAGCCAAGUGCGGCCAGGGGCCGCAAGAGAGGCCGUGAUCAGGCCGAGAGCUCAGCAGCCGCUGAGGAGAGAGCUGCAGUAGCCCGUGUCAUGGUCACGGACGAACUGGACACUCCCUCCGCUGGAGAGGAGUUGAUAAUGCUGGUCCCGAGAACUCCAGCGGCAGCAUUGAGUAUGAUCAACACUAGUGCGGUCGAAUGCAAUGCCGGUAAUGCUCCCCACCAGAGCGCGGCAUUCUACCUCAGCGUUCUUGCUAAUUUAUUCCCCGGAUUGCUUCCAUUGGCCAAAGAAGUUCUUCGAGAAACUGGAUACACGGUCAAAGAGGUCACCGAAGAUACAGCAGCCCAAUACCACAUAACACUUCAAGGUUGGAUUGACGUUUCCACCGCCUUCGCCAUUUUUGGCCAGUUCGCCCUGGUUAUUUACAAAAAUAUUGAUGAUCGGACCUACGCGCGGUCCAUGCAAAGCAGGGCAGCUGCAAUUAAGAAUGUGGCAGGAGUUGUGGGUGACCUCGUACCAGGUGGAGGGGACAUCCUGUUGUCGGUAUCAACUGCAAGGAACAUUCGGACUAUAGUUGGCAGAAACUCUAACUUCCGUGCUGGGUUGGUAAAGAUUAUCCUUGCUAAUCGGGACGGUAUGAGCCUAUUGAACAGUGUCUGUAACCAUCUGGCAGAAAUCAUCGGUUGGACUGAACGUCAGGUCAUGAACGAACUGGACGGUCCCUCCGCUGGAUUGUCUCAUGCUCUCAGAAAAUUCGAAGGUGGAAAGGAGUUGAUAAUGCUGAUUAGUAGUCCAGAUCCAACAUCGAAUAUGUUCCACACUAGUGCGGUUGAAUGCAAUGCCGGUCAUGCUCCCCACCAGAGCGCGGCAUUCUACCUUAGCACUCUUGCUCUUUUAUUUCCCGGAUUGCUUCCAUUGGCCAAAGAACUUCUUCAAGAAACAGGAUACACUGUCAAAGAGGUCACCGAAGAUACCGCAGCCCCCUACCACAUAACACUUCAAGGUUGGAUUAACAAUCCCACCGCAUACGCCAUUUUUGCCCAGCUCGCCUUGGUUAUUUACAAAAAUAUUGAUAAUCGGAGCUACGAGCGGUUCAUGCUAAGAAGGGCAGCCGCAAUUAAGAGCUUCGCAGGAGUUUGUGGCGAUCUCGUGCCAGGUGGAGGGGACAUCUUGUUGUCAAUAUCAACUGCAAAGAACAUUCGGACCAUAGUGGCGGCACACUGUAACUUCCGUGCUGGGUUGUUAACGGCUAUCAUUGGUAAUCGGGACGGUUGGAGACCGUUGAACGGUGUCUGUAACUAUUUGGCAGAAAUCAUCAGUUGGACUGAAAUGGCUCCACUGCAGUUUAUGUUGGAAGCACUUUGUUUAACUGAUUCACCCGUACUUAGGGACUACCGGGUGAAACACGAGGUUAUAAAUCUGUGUGAGGCAUAUAAGCGAAUCAAUGAGACACCAUACCGACAAUAUUUUCGAAUUAUGCACCCCACUGAAGCUCGUGUGACCAUUGCCAAGUCCAGAUUCCCGACUCUUGCUGAAGUUGCCAGGCGGUACUUGAGUGAACUAAAACACAGGGUCAGCCAAUUUGCAGCAUCUUCAAAUGGUCAAAACACACUGGUGAAUAACCUACUGUCAAUUCACCGUGCACACAUUACUAGACUCAACAGAGACACCAACUGGGUGUCCCAGUUGGUCAGUCCCACCUCUACUCUUCAUAGAGACCCGGGUUCGAGUCCAGGCAGGGGGUAUUCUGCCACCUUCUUCCCAGAGGGAAACGGACUCAGCUCGGGAUGGGGUAUUCACCGCCAGGCAGCAUUGGGACGUUGCUAGCUUGUGGAGUGGGAUCACUCCAGCGGCCGGGAGGUCCGUGCAAUAACCCCCCCUAGACUCAACAGAGACAGUGCAUACCUGCCUAAAGUCCAAGGAGAUGACGAUAUAUCGCGGGCAAUCAGGUAUCUCACCAUAUUGGUUCCGGUCCCACUUCACACUCAACACAAACUCACAACUGUGUAAACUUGAAUGUGAAUAUACAGAAGGUAAAGAUGAAUAAUAUUAUCGAAAUUGACUGCUAUAUAAAUAAACCUAUAUAGCCAGUACAAAACAAACGUGGAAAACAAAACAAUAAAUAAAUAAACCUAUCUUCUACCUAAAGAAAAGGUAAACAUGGAUACCCACUCUUCUACCCAUCACCAACGUACACUUCCAAUAAAAUAGGUCAAACUUAUACCAAGUCUACCUAAUUUAAACUAUUAAUAUAAUCCAAAUAUAAACCAAUAAAUGCUUCAUAGUUCCAAGUUUGCUGUCAUGCAUACACUCACGUGACCACUUGAAAUGCAAACUUGAACCUUGCAUUAUCCUUAGCCGUGACCCGAUAACGUGUCGACUUGUGUGACCAACAAACAAACCGAAUAACCCAACACACCACACAUGACAUUGACAAGGCCAUCAGGUAUCUCACCACAUUUGACACUGACGAGCCGGGGGGAGACUAAUGAGUGUCAAAACUGUUGGAAGGUGUGGGGUUUUGUUGACAAAAGGUAAUGAAAUACAUGUUACAUUUACCUUGAAUGUUUCUGUAUGAAGUAUAUAAAUGAACUAAACUAAUCUUCGACGACAACAGGAACGACGAAGCAGCAGCUUCUUGGUUUUUUGAUUGUGUGCAGGUAACCGAGGCUAAAAGAAUUGAAGUUAACAAUGGGUGUUUGUAUUAGUUUUGCGGAAUUUAUUUUGGCUAAACCACUCGUGAUGUUUUCCGGGAGAAGGGUUUUGUGUAAGUUGACUUUUGAUCAUAGUUUUGCCUAUGUCUCAAGAUUGGAUUUUGUUAACCCCUUAAGCUUGGAUUCAACUGUUUGUUCGGUUUAUCGAAACGUUUGACUUUGUUGGAAAUUUUAAUCCAAGUUCUAUCAAUUUUUGGUUUCUUUACAAUGUGUGUUGGAUAUCAAGCCUUUAUCACUCUCACUCAAAACUCACGAAUGAAUAUGAAAAUGAAGUGUACGAAACAUGCAGUAAAAGUAAAGAAAGGAAAACAACUAC